UUUUUGCUGUUUAUUUAUUUAUUUAUUUAUUUAUUUAUUUAUUUAUUUAUCUAUUUAUUUAUUUAUCUAUUUAUUUAUUUAUUUAUUUAUUUAUUUAUUUAUUUAUUUAUUUAUUUAUCUAUUUAUUUAUUUAUUUAUUUAUUUAUUUAUUUAUUUAUCUAUUUAUUUAUUUAUCUAUUUAUUUAUUUAUUUAUUUAUUAUUUAUUGGAAUAUUAUUUUAGAAAUGGUUUUUCUUCUGAGGAUAAAGAGGCAAGGAAAAAAUGUCAAAGAAAUUUGUGGUGGGAUGGGGUUGGUGUUUUGGGGACUGUGGGGUGGGGUUUGGUGUUUUGGGGACUGUCGGGUGGGGUUUGGUGUUUUGGGGGUGGGGUGGGAUAG